AUGAAGAGAUUGUAAAUAAAUUAAGAUAGCAAGAAUAUAAUUAGAUGGAUAAGGAAGGUUUAAAUGAAUAGAUUAUUGGAUUUGAGCACAUUCAAAAAUGAUAUUAAAAGAGAGGUUGAAUAAUCCAAAUUUGACAAAAUCUAGAGUCUACCUUAUAAGAAAUUUAAUUUUAACAUUCUAAUCAUCAAAUUACCUUUAAUCAAUGAUGAUAGAAUACAAAAAUAAGAUUAGGAGAGAAAAGUCAUAUUGGAGAAAAAAAUUCUAUCAAAAAGAGUUCAAUUAUCAUAUGGAGCAUCAAAUAUUUACACCUUGUAAUUAGAACUUUGA